UUUCAAUUCUCUUCGCCCUGGACUGCCGCUACUCUUGAAAUAACGGAAGGCAUCGUUACAUUUUUAGUUUUUAACAAGACGAGGUUGUUUGGUGCCCGCAAACAUUAAAACGCAGAAGUAGGUUUAUGUAUAAACUUAACAUCAGUUAGCCCUUUUUUCCCUUUCAGUAACUUUUCAUUCCUACAAUGAAGUUCUUGUAUGCUCAGUGUCUGAGAGAAGCCGCAGAAAUGCCUUGGCGCAGCGCUUGGAGACGUCAUGGAUUCCUGACUUGUGGGCUUCGCAGGAAAGCCCUGAGUCUCCGAGAUGGAGCCGGUCCAAGUUACCAUGGCGAGGCGAAUAAACAGGAGGAAACACUGAGGGAAUCCCGUUAUUUUACAGCAUUCAACCAUUAUAAACACGCAGAUCAGGGAAGGAAUCCGUCCUUCUUCUCUAGUAAUCCGCCGCACAAGAGCUCAUACCAUUACCUUAGCUAGCUAGAAGUUCUAUUACAGCACAUGCUUCUUUAACGUAAAGGCGUGUUUUAUUUCAUUUUUUUUUACUAUACGUCUAUACUUUUUUAUUUUUUAUAUGCAAAAUCCAACUAUGAAUUUUAUAAGAAGCCUCGUUUCUUGUUGCUGAAUUUUUAUUUGCAUUUUUUUUUUCGUUUUAAUUUUCUUCUUCUCCCAAAUGUUCAGAGAAUCCUGGAGACUGGCACAUUAUCACAUCAUGAGAUCCAUGGAUCAAGAUGAGCCAGAUAUUUCCUCUCAAAAAGCCAUCAGCCAUCCCUCUGGGGUGCCCUACCCCCACGAGGAGGCCUCUCACUACGCCAUCAAGCCCUGCAGCCCAUCCCAUUAUACUGAGCUUCCUCCAGAACACCUCGGUGGGUAUGGACAUUUGGAGAACAAAAACUACUUGGACCAAGGCAGGCCUGGGGGCCCCUCUGCCCUGAGCCCAAGAAUCGAGAUCACCCCAUCCCAUGAGUUCUAUCACCAGGGCCGGGAGUCCUUACAGGGGCACCCAUUCAACGCCAGUCCAAGGUCGACGUUACAAGUUGAUAACGUAGUGUACCGGGAACCCCAGUGCCUGAGCCCAGCAAGCAGCAACUCCUCCACCAGCUGGCAAUCGGAAAGCAACUACUCCCCCUGGGCCUCCCCCUGCGUUUCCCCCAACAACGGGCAAGCAGAAGACCUCUGCCCUCGCUUCCAGAACAUCCACACCAGCGGCUCUCCCCGGACCUCCCCCGGCACUUCGCCGCGGACCAGCAUCACCGAGGAAAACUGCAUGAGGCCGCGCUCCCCGUCUCCCCGUCCCGGCUCCCGCUCCACCUCCCCGCAGGGGAAACGGACCUACGACGAGUACAAGAACCCAAGCCUGACGGCCACCAAGCAUCGCUCCAGAAGCCCGUCUCCCCAGAACUUCACCGAGCUUACCCAGCCUCCCCCGACCGCAUCUUCGGCCUGGUCGGUCAGCCUCACCGACGCCAUGAAUGGCCUCAACAUUCCCCACAAGAUCGGCAAAACCAGCCAAGCUUACCAAGUUUACUCUCUGGACAACCCGCAGGAGGGAUACCAGAAUGUCUGCGAACAGGAUGUGAAGAGAAAGCCUUGCUCAGACGUAAGCUAUCUUGUUCCACCUACAAGCUGGACCAAACAGUUGGUGUCAGGAAUCCCUUUUUACAGCAUUCCUGUGGCUUCCCUGCCUCCUCUGGAGUGGCCUGUCCCCAGCCGAUCAGACCAGUUUGAGCUACACAUUGAUGUCCAGCCCAAACCUCACCACCGUGCCCAUUAUGAAACUGAGGGCAGCAGGGGGGCAGUGAAGGCACCGACCGGAGGGCACCCUGUUGUACAGCUUCAUGGCUACAGGGGCAAGGAACCGCUGGGGCUUCAGAUUUUCAUCGGGACGGCAGACGAGCGGAUCCUGAAACCACACGCCUUCUACCAGGUCCACCGCAUCACCGGCAAGACCGUCACCACCACCAGCUACGAGAAGGUGAUCGGCAGCACCAAGGUGCUGGAGAUCCCGCUGGAGCCCAAGAACAACAUGAAAGCAGUAAUUGACUGUGCCGGCAUCCUCAAACUGCGAAAUGCGGACAUUGAGCUGAGAAAAGGGGAAACGGACAUCGGCAGGAAGAACACAAGAGUGCGUCUGGUCUUCCGCAUCCAUAUACCCCAGCCGGGGGGCGCUGUGGUGUCUCUCCAAGUGGCCUCCAACCCCAUUGAGUGCUCUCAGAGAUCCGCCCACGAGCUCCCUAUGGUGGAGAAGCAGGAUACAGAGAGCUGCUCCGUCCUUGGGGGCCAACAGAUGAUCCUGACGGGGCAGAAUUUUACCUCGGAUUCCAAGGUAGUCUUCACAGAGAAGACACAUGACGGCCAGCAGAUUUGGGAAGUGGAAGCCACCGUUGACAAAGAUAAAAGCCAGCCUAACAUGCUGUUUGUUGAAGUUCCUCCAUACAGAGAUCCAUCCAUCUGUCGUACUGCCAAGGUGAACUUCUACGUCAUUAACGGGAAGAGAAAACGCAGUCAGCCACAGCACUUUGCUUACACCCCUCUGGCAGUUCCAGCCAUUAAAACGGAGCCCAUCGACGACUAUGAAUCCCAGCAGAUUAGGUUCACGGUGUCGCAGGCCCUGGGAGCAACGCAACAGCCUUACUACCACCACCGGGGCCUGAUCAACCCCGAUGGCUGUCUGGUGGCGAGCAUGACGUCCUGCCAGCAGGUGCUCUCCGGCCUGUCCGCCCCCGACUCCCAUUUCCAGCAGCAGAGCCCGGCCAUUGUCUACCCCCGGAACAAGAGCCUGAGCAGCAGCCCUGUUCUGUACCAGCAAGUGGCCCACAUGGGCUCUCCGGGCGGCGUCAUGCCCGAGCCUCACCGUUCGGUGCUGGUCCACACCGGCUCGCCGGCGCAGUCGUCCGCCCUCGCCCACCACCAGUCGGCCUCUCCCAACCAGCACCCUUCCUCCAUCAUCCAGUUCUCGCCCACCAACCACCAGCUCCGCGGCGGGGGUGGCCUCCAGGACCACCAGCACAUCAUGUACUGCGAGAACUACCCCUCGACCGCCACUGCCCGCUCCCCUGCUCCGCCCGUCACCCACGCCCAGCAGGUGAGCCCGAGCCAGUACUCCACGGUGAUCCAGCAGCAGCCCUACGUGCCCAAAAUGCCCAAGAGCCGGUCCCCUCCCGGCCAGAUUGACCCUCAGCGAUGCCCAGCAGAGGAUCAGAGAGAGACCCUGCCUGGACGGGUCACGGUGAAGCAGGAGAACCUGGAUCAAGCUUAUCUGGAUGAUGUAAAUGAAAUCAUAAGGAAGGAUCUGACUGGAGUGCAUGGCAGAGGUCAAUCAUAGAGGGACGAUCUGUCCGGAAAUCUUUUCUCGGCGAUGUUCCGCUGCGCGCCACCUUGGGGACAGCCCUCGUGCCAGAGCUAGCUUCUGCCUUCUCUCCAGCUGCAAACAGCCCUGGCCCGGGACCACCGCUCAGAACAAUGCAUUGGCAAGGAAAAAAAAAUUCGCUUCUGGCUGUGGCCGAGCUGUUCUGCAUGCCUCUUUCCUGCGAUUAUCACACAACUGCGCUCCACUGAGACAUACCCAUACCUGCCACGAACUGAGGUCAAGCAGUUUUUCCAUACGAUAUCUAUUGCUUUACAAUACUGUGACAUCUUUGUGCAUGUGUGACCCGAUGUUUAGCGUGUACUGUAUAUACAGUAUGUGUAUAUAUUUACACAGUGCAUACUGUAUAUACAAUGAAAGCAUAAGCCCUCAUCACAACAAAAGGCUAUUGAGGUUUACUAUUGAACAGGAAAGGUUAUUGGGGCCACGGCACAGAAUAUGGUGGAAACUGAAACGUCAGAAAGCGAAAAGGAAAAAGAAUAAAUUUGGUUGACUUCAAAUUGAGUAACAUACAGUACUGUCGAGGUGGGAAGGCGAUACCAUUCUUGCUAUUUUAAAGUUGUAGUUUUUUUCAUUAAGAUGUUUGUUGACAUAACUGGACAGCAAGCUACAGUUGCCCUCUUAGCUAAGUCCAUUCAGGGCAACUUGACAAUUCAUUCUUAAUUGGCAACCUAGCAUUUUUAUUUCUUCCAAGAAUUUGCCAUGAUAAAUGGAGUUAAUAAUGGAAGCUCUCCCAUAGCCCACCUCCUCAACCCACACCCAUCAAUACCAAACUGCCAGUGCAGAAGGCUUUAAGCUCAUUGUAUAAAAGAGCUGACUAUCUGUAGUUUCUCAAGACCAGUGGCUAAAAAAAAACAAAACAAAACUGGCUCUUAAGCCUUCAAAUAAUUUAACACAAACAGCGUUUUGUCUAUGUGUCCUGAAUACCAGUUAAAGGAAGAUUUGGAUAUGAAAGUCUAACUGAUAAUGAGACAUGCCUGUAUUCUAGUUGAAACACCUAUUCUGUUUCCAACAAUCAUUACAACACCAGCUGAACAAAUAGUUGUUACAGCCGCUGGAUGGUAUGGGUCUUUGGAACACAUGAACAAAGAUAUCACAUGAAUAUGUCCUGUGCUCACUUUGAUCAUGCUUUAAAGUUCUCUCCGACGAUAACAAAUGUAAAAACAGAAUCAUCGGUUUCUUUUAAAAGAAAUAUUUAUCUGGACCUUAGUAUUCAGCUUUGAAAUUUCUCCAGCUUCGGAAAGUCAUUCAAUGGCUGUCUGAGAAACAGCGAUGACAAACAUUGUUAACACCUCCGAACAUUCUGCCAGAAAAAAAAACAGAGGACAUCGAACACAGUGACAUGAAAUAAGAAGAAGGUAGAGGAAAACCUUUCUUUGGGUAAACUCUGUUUGAGUGCUUCUAGCAAAUGAGAAUUUUAUCAGCUGUUGUAAUUGAUGACAAGCACAGCCACAACCAAAAAAAAACUGGAUACUUCUGGCAGAUUUGUUUAUGAUAGUGACUUGUACAAACAUUCUUGGUAGAUAACGCAGUUUAUAUAUCAACCUUCUGCAGUGGACUAUCACAUGUCAGCAAUUGCUUUGUGCUACCAUAUUAGAAGAGGAAAGAUUGGAAAUUUGUAACAUUUUUUUAUUUAACAUUUUAAAGACUGAAUAAUAACUGAUACUUCCACCAAACUUCCUUCCAAAUAGUAAAAUCCUGUCUUUCAUUCUUAAACUUGAAGCUUUUUGAGUAACAUGUACAGUAAGGUAACAGUCCAGUUUUUUGGUGGGAUUUUAAUGUUUUCCUUUCUCAGAAAAAGUUUCAUAACACAUCUGUGUGGGCAAAAUAAUAAUUACUAAACUGGCAGUCCUCAAAAACAGUAGUAAAGCAAUUUUAGAUUUUAUUUUUAUAAAUAUUUACUCUUCUGUUUCAAUUUCAGAAGAAAUUACACAAAUUCAUUUCUGUGGAGGUUUCUUACACAUUUUAACCAGAAGCCUGCUUUGACUUUCCAAACAAAACUGCAGAAUUGUGACCUUACUGGACUGGGUUCCAAAAUAUUUCAAGUGAACUCAUACUUUUAAGAAAGUGCCUUAUUUGUAAAAUGAUUCCUUAUUGUUGUGAAUGUUUAUAUAAAACCGAACUCAAUAUUGUGACUCUGCUGUAGCAAAACAAAAUACAUGCUUAUGCAAAUAUCUACAUGAUACAUGAUUAGCAAAAAAAUCCCUUAGGUCAGGUCUUAUGCUAAAAACAAACUUUAUUCAUUCAAGUGCUUGAAAUAGAGAAAAAUGAGCAAAGUUAUUUUAGUCCUGCAACAAAUGUUACACUCAGCUAUCGUCAGCAAUACUCCCUGAAAUUCUUUGCUUUUUAUCUUACAUCUGAGGGACCAGUAUGCUGGAAAUAAUCUAAAAUGAAGCAUUGUUUAUUAAUCACGAAGCUUCUUAAUGUCUUCAAUAUGUUUUAACAGCCUGCAUUUCUGUCAUAAACUACAGAUAAUGAAAAAGUAAAUGUCCUUCUAAGCUGCCUUUUAUGUAUUUUAUUACACAGUUACCAUUAAUAUUGCACAUUGUAUUAUAGUGCUAGAACUGAAUGAAAAUUUGGAGCAAUAAUUUAUUGAUCAGCUAGAUGCUGAAAUUAAUCUACCAGUUGCUUGCACCUUUACUUAGCGUUAAUGCUAAAUGCAAUGCGUUUGAAUUGCAGUUUUUAAUUGUAGCUGAGGUUUUUAUUCCAGUGCCUUCAAAUGUUCUUGAGUACAGUAGAUAAAGAUUAGAAUUUUCUUCAUGUAGUCAUAUUUGAAGGUGAAUCUAAACUGCCAAAGAUUGUAAUCUAUUUAUUUUUUAAUGUUCAUUAUUCCUGACAACUGAAAUUUUUUUUUUAAAAGACGCCUACUUUAGUGGCAUUUUAAAUAUUUUAUUUAUGCCUGAAUGUCUAGUAUUGGCUGUUGGUUUGCUACAUAAGCCUGGACAGAGAGUACUUUUAGAACUGCUUCUGAUUUCUGAGGGGGCCUUGAUGAAAAGAUUUGUCAAUCGCAAGUUCAGUCUGCACACCACUUGUCUUUCUCAAAGUUGAAUAUGAAAGAACCGUUUGCAGUGAUAAACGGGAUUCCUGUGACAAUCUUACAGUUUGUGUUCAUUCCUUCCAAACGUUCAGUUUUAGGUGAAAUAAUAAGCACAGGGCUAUGCAGCUGAUAUAUUUGCCUUAGUAGAGUAUAUAUAUAUUGUAAAUAUUCAUAAAGAAGUUUAAAUUUAACAUAGUAGACACAUUGGAAAUAUAGUUGUGGGGGCUUUCUGAGCAGCUCAGACAGCAAGGGUGCUUGGAUGGGUGCAGGAAGAGCUCAGGGAUCAUGGGAUUAAGCCUUGGCUGAGCAUUACUGAAAGUGCUGUGGAGUUAGUUGGGCAGGGCCUUGACAACUCUCAGAAAAGCAGCAGCCUCCUGCGCUUCGCAAGGCAUGCAGCUGUCACUGAGGAUAGCAGCCCUCCUCCAAUUGGUGCCGAACCUCCAGCAUUGGGCGGUGUUGCUGGUGAUACAUGGCACAAAGGUGGACAGGUUGGAGGAGCCCUGUCUUCACUUCCUCAUUGUUCCCUGUGUGCGGUGACAAGGUUCGUAGAGUGAAAAACACAUUUUUCUCUUUCACAUCAGGUGGGUGUGCCAAAAAUAUUCGGCUAUUGUAAUGAAAAAAGGCAAAUUCAUAUUUCAGCAGAUGCACAUGAACGUUCAUUUCUAGCUUAAUGUAUUACAUUUAUACCGCAUUUGUCUGCUAAUACCAUUUUGCUGACAGUGUUAUACUUGGUUUCAGGACACAAAUUUGUUUAUUUUGUUAGUCCAAAGACAUCUUCAGCAAUUUGUCCCUCACUUCAUGUGGGUGAUGGCCUCUCUUGAACUUGAGGAAGCAGUGUUUUUCCUUACAUAUCUAAAUAUUUUGCUCUGGUGCUUUCCUGCUAUUGUAAUGAAGGAGUUUCAUAGCCAUGGCCUGCCAACUGUAUGUCUCGUAUUUUCCAUGCACUUCAAAAGAGUAAAUUCCAUUAAAGCCAGAGGUGUCCAGUGAUAGUUCAGCAGUAGUAAUAACAAAACAUUUCUUUACUUUUUGAUAAGACUUAAUUUUCUGUAUGAUGAAAACGUUAUUGAUUAGAGAUAAAAAUAUCAGUAAGAAUGUAAUUAAAUUGUUCAGUUGUUUUCAGAGGAUAUGUUUAAUACCUGUUGUUCAUUAACCCUACAUUAAAGGUAUUCUUCAUCUUUCAAAAAUCUUAGGAAUAGUCUAGUUAAUUAGUGGUAGGCCAGUCUUCAUGUAAAACAAUAACACCUCUUUGUACAAUAACUGCCUUUAAAAUAAAUGUUUAAAAGACACAUUCAGCACUUCACCACUCAGUCUAAACAGGUUCAAUCUGUAGGUCUGCUGGGCAUGUUCCUUACAUAUCUGAACACUGCUAAAGUAUGGUUUAGAAGAAGCCAUUUUACACACAUUUCUGUAAGUUGAAGGAGAUCGAAAACAUAUUUACCAAAGCAUUCAAAGUAGAAUUGGCGAAAGUGCCAGAAUUUUUUUUCUUUGAAUUAUUUGAUUUAAUAGUGGUAGAUAUUAUAUUUUUAAGUUGGGAGGGACAGGGGCUGAAUGUAAUUUUUCUAUCAUAGGAGUAAAGUCAUUUAGGCAUGUAUUGUUGUUUGUGUUGUUCUUUUGUAUUUCCUGUCUUAAAUGGCAUUUCAUAUAUAUACACGUUAUAUAUAUGUAAAUGACACCUUGAAAGCCAAUACUGUGUGAUUUCCAAAUCCUUAGAGAUUAAAAGAAGAUGUGGUCUAGAGAUUUAUUUCUGUUUUUUUGCCAUGGAGCCAUUCUUUAAAUGUACAGGAUUUAUUUUAAUAUACUAAGUGAGUCCCACCCUGAAUGUAGACAUUAUCCAUAAACUGAAUUGUGUUCCUUCUAGUGUAAAUAGGUGGCUGCUUAACUUUGUAUAAAAAAAGUUCUCAAAUACCUGUUUUUUAGAAGUGUGUAUGUAGUUAAAAGCAGAAAAGUGAUAUUUUUAUAAACUGCAUCAGUUGUCUGCAUUUCUUUCGUAAUCUUGGCCUUAAUAUUUUUUAUAUAUACAGUAUAUACAGUAUGCCAAAGCUAAUAGCAAUUUCACCAACUGUAAUAUUAAUCAAAAGUGACAUGUGGCUUAAAUGUAACAGAUUACAUUUUUGUUUUAAAUUUAAAGAAUGAGAAUUGUUAGCAAGUACCUAGCAAGGUUUAUAUAUUUCAUUUGAUGCAUUUAUUUUGCUAUGCAAACUAUACAGUUACUGCAGUUUUUUUGUUCUAAUGUAUUUCUGUUCUUCUGACAAUUUGGUGUUGUUGUUGCUGUUUUUUUUAACCUUAUGACUAUAUAAUUUAGCAAAUAAAAGGAAAUUAUUAAUUUU